AUGUCACCCGAAAACACCGAUCCUCUGGCCGGACUAGAUUCCAUCGACUGGUCUCAACUCAGCCACGCCUACAGCCCAGCUAAUGACGUACCACAUCUCCUAAAGAACCUACAGUCAGCAGAUCCUAAAGUCUACAAGACAGCAUUUGAUAAAUGUUGGCCCAACAUCUAUCAUCACGGCUCACGCUACAGUGCUUCAGUUGAAGCAGUUCCAUUCCUGUAUGCUUUACUUGAUAGCCCAGGUACCAACGAUCGCGAAAGCCUGUUGUACCUGAUUGUCAGUCUUGCAAUCGGUCAUCCAGACUGGGCGGUCCCUAACGGGAUUGAUAUCCAAGAAUGGGAAAAGCACCUUGCGGGUAUGGAUCCUGAAGACCGUGAUUAUGCAAUGAAAGAGCUCAAAGCCUACGAGACCGUCGAGCGGGGACUAUCUUCACUUCUACGUUGCUUGAACGAGGAUUCAGCGAGCAUGCGAGCCAAUGCAACUCAUGCUUUGGCAUUCUUCCAACGUCAAUCGGCUGCAUCGAGAGUAGAUCUCCUCGAUCGACUUAGUUGA